AUGAGCAUCUCGGCACAUGCAUUCAGACGGGCCCCGAAAACAACCGGGUCCAUUAUUUGUCGACGGUUCUUAUCGACUGUCGACUCAGUCAAUAAAUCUUCAGAAACUGCAGCGGUUCCUUUGACUCCUCUACAUUCAGUUCCGCUUCCCAAAGAUGUCAUUUUGGUCUCUGCAGACCCCGUCACCAGCACCGAUAAGUCUGACUGGCCACAGAUUGAAAGAAUCAUGCGCAAGUACAAUGAUACACAUCGUUACUCGGACACGUUGCAGCUAGCUACGCGUAUUGAGCAACUCAAGCUGAAACCACCCGUGACGAUUGCUGCAGUGAUUCUGAGCGCAUUGACUAGAGGCCAUGACAUGUCUGUAAGUGUGCCUGCUGUGCUGGCCAUUGUUGACACUGUUCUUGAAGUUGGUGGUCGGUUAGGGGACUACGCUGAGCGUGGGCUUUAUUUUGCACUUCGACGGUGCACGGAUCCGCUGCUACGGUAUGCAUUGCACAAGCAAUGUCUGCGGUACUUUAAAGAAGCAGUAGAACCUGUGGACCCCCCAGAGGUUGCAAAGGAAACUUAUGCCAUUAUUCAAGGCAACUAUGUUCACGGGCUUUUGGCUGGUGGCGAAAUUGAGCAAGCGUUUGGGAUUUUCCAAAAAUUUUCUAAAGAAGGAAUGGACAUGCGGAAGUUCCCCGUGGAAAGCUUGGUAGACCGGCUUAUAGGCAAGGAGCGCCCAGGGUCUUUGCAUGUUUAUCAGGAUUAUCUCAAGAAUAAUAACAAUACUCCAGGAAUAUUGACCAAGGCUCUAGACUUUAGUGCAGAAGGGACAAACGAUGGCACAGAAACUAUGGAGCUAUGGGCCGAUGCUGUUGUAUCAGGCAAAGUGGAGCCAUCGAACUCUACGCUCCAACGUAUUCUCGAGAAUCAAACAGUUGGCCAGGUAGGAUCUGUAUAUGGCAGUGCAUUCCGACGCUUGUCGCUACAAGCAGAUCACUCACAACUAUCCACAGGAGAUGUUGCUGCGAUACUAACGAGUCUGGCAACAAGCCGGACCAUCCGUUCAAGCGCAGACUUUUUACCUGUGCUUGAGCUGUGCGCCGAGUUUUGGCCCGAUUUAAACUAUAAGCUUCUGGACGCUGCAAUGGAAGCGCUUUGGUGCAAGGCCUCCCCUGGGGAUCACUCUCAGUUCUAUGUUCCCUUUAUCGAAUACUUUCCAACUAUUAGUGAAUCUGAUUCACCCAAGUUCCGAACUUUCCUGCUUAAUCUAGUUGUUCGGUCGCAUCGCCAGUUGUGGUCGCCAUCUGCAUCACUUUACGCGUUCCGUGCGUUUUUACAUGCCGGAGUGGCAACCCCAGAUGCAUCGACGUUUGAGGAACUGGCCGCUUCUGCCAUGGUCAUGAAGCAUUCCAAGCUGCUUUCUUUGCGUAUUUACGAAGACUGCGAGUUGUUUGGUAUUACACCAACUCCACGCAUGUACGAGUUAUUGAUCCGUGCAAAUGCCCGUGGCCGUAACUUAACGUCUUUACUCUACUUUUUGUCCCGUGUCCCAGACCCAGAACAAACUCUGCCGACGUACCUAAAGUCAUUCUUGUACCACCAGUUUGAACGCACCCAUGACAAGCGGUACAAGGAACUGAUGGAUACACCUCUGGGACUUCGCGCACAGUACAGCGAGUUCCCGUCAUAUUCUGAUCUCAAGGCAUCGAAUAGUCGUCCCCGACCAGGUAUCAUCUCUGACUAUAGCUUCUUGCAAGAUCUGGCGUAUUCCAAAAACUAUCUAGCUGGAUGGCCGUUUGAAGAGCUACCGCCUCCCAAGGUUUGA